ACAAAACGAACGCUCGCGAUCACGGGAAGUGCCCCGGGGGAGGCAGCCAAUCAGGUGGCGUCCGUGAGCUAACUUUAGCAAUUAGCAUCCCCCUUUGGCAAAACAAGACGUCGUCCGCUUUUCUUGUCGGACUCGGCGCGUGGCUGUCCGCAAAUCAACGGCGAUGUCGAAUUAAACCGAGUUGUAUUACGUGACCGUUUAAUACGUCGUUCUUGUUGUCACCACCGAGUCUCAGUUGCUGACGCUCGGUUGGCCGUCUUGGCUGCUUGCUAGCUAACGUCGUGCUAGGCGGCGAAGAAAGACGAAGAUGGGCUCCAUCCUGAGUCGCAGAAUCGCCGGGGUUGAGGACAUCGACAUCCAAGCUAAUUCGGCUUAUCGCUUCCCCCCGAAAUCCGGCAACUAUUUUGCCAGUCACUUUUUCAUGGGAGGGGAGAAGUUUGACACGCCACAUCCCGAGGGAUACCUCUUUGGGGAGAAUAUGGAUUUAAAUUUCCUAGGAAAUAGGCCAGUGCAGUUCCCCUACGUCACGCCCGCACCCCACGAACCUGUGAAAACGCUCAGGAGUCUCGUGAACAUUCGGAAGGACUCGUUGCGUUUGGUCAGGUAUAAAGACGACUCUGACACGCCGGUGGAGGAGGGCGGCAAACCAAAGGUUCAGUACGGCGUGGAGUUCACCUUUGACGCAGACGCUCGCGUGGCCAUCACCCUCUACUGUCAGGCCUUCGAGGAAUUCUCCAAUGGGAUGGCUGUGUACAGUCCGAAGGAUGCGUCCAUGGCAUCGGAGACGGUCCACUACAAGAGGGGCGUCAGCCAGCAGUUCUCCAUGCCCUCUUUCAAGAUCGACUUCAGCGAGUGGAAGGAGGAAGACCUCAACUUUGACCUGGACCGAGGGGUGUUCCCCAUGGUGAUCCAAGCCGUGGUCGACGAAGGGGACGACUGCCUCGGACACGCGCAUGUUCUUUUGGCAGCCUUUGAACGACAUGUCGACGGCAGUUUCUCCGUCAAGCCACUGAAGCAAAAGCAAAUUGUGGACCGCGUGAGCUACCUCUUGCAGGAGAUCUACGGCAUCGAGAACAAGAACAACCAAGAGACAAAGCCGUCCGACGACGAGAACAGCGACAACAGCAACGAGUGUGUGGUGUGUUUGUCGGACCUGCGGGACACGCUCAUCCUGCCCUGCAGACAUCUCUGUCUCUGCAACUCGUGCGCCGACACCUUGCGCUACCAAGCCAACAACUGCCCCAUCUGCAGACUGCCCUUCAGAGCCUUGUUGCAGAUCCGAGCUGUGCGGAAAAAGCCCGGGGCGCUCUCACCCGUCUCCUUCAGUCCUGUUCUGGCGCAGACGAUGGACCACGACGAGCACUCUGGCACCGACUCGGUCCCGCCCGGCUUCGAGCCCGUCUCUCUGUUGGAGGCCCUGAACGGGCUUCGCUCGGUGUCGCCCGCCGUACCCUCGGCGCCCCUCUACGAGGACGUCAACUUCUCGGGCAGCGACGGCGGCCGGCAGCUGAGCUCCCCCGAGCAUCUCAGCGACGGCGGUCUGCAGAAAGGCAAAGUCAGCAAAUCACCUGACAGCACGCUGAGGUCCCCGUCGUCUCCCAUCCAGGAAGAGGACGAAGAGAAGCUGUCGGAGAUGUCGGACGCUCAGCCGCACACGCUCCUGUCCAGCAGUCCCGCCCCCACGGACGCCACAGCCACCGAGGACGUAGCAGACUCGCUGUCCCCGGAUGAGGAGGACAGGAUGCACGCCGGCGACAUCCUCCAGGACUGCGCCAGCGAACGCAGCAGCUUGACCAAAACGGAGCGCGACCCCUCGGGCGAGCUGUCGUUGCCAGCCCUCGGUCCCGACUCCUGCUCUAUUGGUAUGGAGGAGUAAGCGCGGGUCGUCCGAGUCCACGGAGAGCCUGAAGAGUCAGAGCACAAACUGCUCCAGCCAGCCUCUCCUGUGCCCCUCCGGCAGCUUCCACCGAGAAGACGAGCACCUCCUCCCCUGACGUCCGCGCUUUUCGCCUCCUCCGCCUCCGCGUAGGAAACACUUUUCUAUAUGAAUGCGCUCGUAAUGCCGAUUCUUCAGAUUCAAAGCACACUUAAUCUAUUCUAACUCCACUGCUCAAUACCACCUUCAGACAUAAAUAUAUAUAUGAAACAUCUGUUUGAAUAUGUAAUUCACCAUUGAUGAUUUUUUCUAGCCGUUAUAUGCUCAGUGGUUUUUUUAAAUUGAUUUUUUUUUGCACUCAACUAAAUAGUUUAUAAUCCAUUCCAGACUUUAUCAUGAGAUUACUAUGUGGAAAAGUAUAUUAGGGCAAAAUGAAAAUUGAUGUGUGAAAAUGUGUACUUUUUUUUUCUCUCUUGACAUUUGCAAUUCAUUUUUUUGUGACCGUGUACAAGUGAUUGAACGACUAGAGAGAUUUUUUUUUUUUUGUGGGCCAUAAUAAUUUUAAUGACAAACCUCUGUUGAUUAAUUGAUGUCAUUAAUAUUUUAUCAGUACACGACAGCGAUUUUUUUUUUUUGUUUGUUUGUUUGUUUUUGCGCCACAGACCAGUUUCACGUAGAUUUUUUUGAAAAAAAUAAAUUAAAGGAACCCCCCCCACCUCAAAAAAAAAAAAAAAUCCAGCUCACUAUUACACUCAGCACUCGUAAUGAGUGGGAGUUCGACGCAUGUAUCUUUUGCGACGAAGCAAUCUCUUUCAUCUUCUGUUUAAUAACGUAACGUGUGGUAAGACCUUCCUCACCACCAGUCGCGAGGGGACAAGGUUUGAAACUUUUAAAAGUUGUUUGGUUUUUUUGUAGCUCAUCUACAACACUUAUCUCAAAGUACAAAUUCAAAUUUUCUCCGUUCUUGGAACAUUUUGACUUUAUGCUUGCAUUUUUACAAAAAAUGCGUCGGUCGUAAUAUGACUAAUUCAUGUUUUUGCACUUAAAAUCACAACUUUACCCUGAUAAUAGUCUAAGAACGCCUUGUAGCUUAGCGGUUAGAGCAGUGGUUUGGUAAACCAAGGGUUGUGGGUUUGUAUCCCACUGGGAUUUCCACAACCCUCUUGAGGAGUCGCGUCUGGAAGGGCAUCCGGCGUAAAAGUUAUGCCAAACAAAUAUGAGCGUGUCCGCUGUGGCGACCCCUAAUGGGACAAGCCGAAAGAAACAGACUCUCGCAAUAGUCUGACGUGUCAAAAUGAUAACUUAAAUUCAAUUUCAUACCAAAACAUCUAAUCAUGAAAUUACUUGUUUUUUUCCUCCUCACAAUGUACCAAUAUUGUACUCAUAAAAGUUCGGGGUUUUUUUUCAGUGUCAUAGAAGUAGAAUAUUCUGACUUUUUCACAUGUUUUUUCCAUUUGACUUUUAUUACUUUUCAACUUGGCCCUAAUCCACCUUAAUCAUUUCAAACAUCAACAUGUCUUGUUUAUUUUUGUUUUAAAUCAUACAAAGCUUUUUCCUCAUAAAUAUUGUGUUCCUUUUCAAAUAUACUCAUGUAACGAUAUUUAGGGGGGCAAAAAUAAGAUUCUGAAAUAAUGAACUAGAUGCAGUUACAGUAAUAAAGUGCGCUCUUGCUAUUUAUUUGUGGGGGUCCGAGUAGCGAAAAUUGGAAUUGACGCCUACAUAAAAAAAAGUUUUGUAAUUGCCUCUAGAUGCCAGAGGGUGGCAGCAAAGCACUUUUUGAAAUAGCAGACAAGGCUGUGGCCUGAAUAAAUGAAGCCGCUCCCCUUUGACUCGGUCGCUUGCGCCGACACGAAAAUGGGGGAUAACCCCCCCCACCCCCC